AUGAAAAUUUUUGAAUAGAGUUUUGGAAAAUAAGAAGGUUUUCAAAAGACCGCUUAAUUCUUUAAUCCAUAGAUUGGGAAAAUGAAUGAACACUUUUAAAAAAGAAAGAGGGAAAACUCUUUACCUUAAUAAAAUCUAGAAGCUAUAAAAUCAAUAUUAUCAAAAACAAAAAUACUUCAAAAAAAUGUGCUUUGCAGAAAAACUACUAUUCAUUAAAUGAAUGAUUACAAAAAAGAUAAUAUAUAUAGUCAUCAAAGCACAAAAUAAAGUACUAAGCAAAGUACUAGAUUAAGCACAUAAGAUUCUCAAGAACUUAGUAGUAGUAAUAUUCCUAAGAUUUUGGAUUUGAAUAUAAAGCAUUCAAUCAAUUCUUUUAAUGUUCAAAAUUAAAAAUCUAGUUUCCACAUUAGAAAGCAAACUCUUAAAGAAUAUAGUAGUUAAACAACUCAAUAAAUGGAGAAUAAUUCUGGAAUAAACAAAAUUUCUAAUAGUUUAGAAGGCAAAAAAUAUAUAAUAAAGGUGAAAGAUCCUUUUGGAUAAUAAAAUAAAUAACCAACACAACCAACAAGAAAAUAUUCUUCGAAAUCAUUUAUAAAUUAAAAGGCUCAAAUUAAAUUGGUAAAUAGAAUAUUUUCUUCAAGAUCAGAGAGCUUGUAAGAAUGA